AAUGCCCGGUAUCGAGGUAAAUCCUAAAAAUGAAUUUCUCCUCUCACCAGGAAAUAAACUUCACUGUUUUUGGAGAGCCCACGAUAUAUCAUAGCUCGAAUUGAAUGAAUUUAGAAUUUAGAGUGCUAAAGAUGCUGAUGAAGAUUUCCAUCCCUACACGAAUCAAACUUACUGAGCUGAAGAUCUUGACCAGGCAUUUUUGCAGAUCUUCCUGCUUAUAUCAAGAUCAAAUAACACAAGAACCAGGUAAGUCACCUAAACCCCCAAAAGACCCGGUUAAAUUUAUCUGUGAAAUAUUGGCUACAAGACCAUGGACGAAAAAGGCAGAGACCCAGUUAAAUUUGGCAGCGACAAACUUAACAACCCACAUGGUCAUUGACAUUCUAUCCAAUGCAAAAACUUCUCUGCAAGCAUACAGAUUUUUCAAACAUUCACAGACCGUCUUGGGUUUCAAGCACGAUAUACAGACGUAUUUCAAGAUAUUGGAAAUACUAGGCCGCGCUAGGAACCUAAAUAUUGCUAAAACCCUCUUGUUGGGAAUGCCAGAAAAUGGAGUUCCGUGGGAAGAUUGUGUUUUCAACAGCCUGAUAAGGAGCUAUGGAAGACAAGGAAACAUUGAAGUCUCUGUGAAAUUUUUUAAAAUGAUGAAGGAAGUUGGAGUAAGGCCCACGGUUUUGACCUUCAAUAAUCUCUUCACUAUUCUGUUGAAAAGAGGCAGGACCAACAUGGUGGAGAAACACUAUGCAGUGAUGGUGUCUGAGGGAAUUUUACCUGAUGUCUACACUUACAACAUUCUUAUCAGGGGGUUUUGUAUGGCUUCUAAGAUAGAUAGGGCAGUUGGGUUCUUUAGGGAUAUGAAGAGUAGGAAAUGUAGGCCCGAUAUUGUCACCUACAAUACGCUACUUGAUGGACUCUGUAAAAAUGGUAGGGUUAAAGAUGCAUAUAGGUUGUGGAGAGGAAUGAAGAAGAUGAACCCUGACCUUAGCCCCAAUGUUGUGACUUAUACCACAAUGAUUCGAGGAUUCUGCAAGAGGCAGCGUCUAGACGAAGCAUUGAAAUUUCUACAUGAGAUGGGUAGAUGUGGUGCGAUGCCUAAUGAGAUUACAUACAAUAUCAUUAUCCAGGCUCUUUGCGAUGCUGAUAAGUUGGAUGAGACAGGUAAGAUUGUUGAGGAGAUGAUUCGGGGUGGCUUCAAGCCAGAUGCAUGCACUUUUAAUAUACUUAUGAAUGCUCAGUGCAAAGUGGGGAAGUUAGAAGAGGCUGUAGUGACUUUUGACAGAAUGGCAGAGCUCGGUGUCGUUGCCAAUUCUGCAACUUAUAGUAUUCUUAUCAAGAGCCUUUGUAGCAGAGGAAAUUAUGAGAAGGCAGUUUAUCUCUUUGACAACCUCUUGCAGAAAGGUAUUUUACUUAAGGCAGGGGAUUGUACACCUUUAGUUGCUGCAUAUAAUCCUAUGCUUGAGUUUCUUUGUGAACAUGGUAAAACUGUAAAGGCAGAAAAAUUCCUCAGACAGUCAUCGAUGCAAGGCACUCAGGAUCCCGUAUCCUUCAAAACAGUGAUCCUUGGUCAUUGCAAAGAAGGUGCACCCAAUGCAGGUUUCGAGAUCCUUAAACAAAUGUUGUGGAGAAACUAUUCUCCUGAUAUUGAUACUUACAGUGCCCUUAUGCAAAGUUUCUUGAAGACUGGGCAGUUAGAAGAUGCAAAAAGCAUAUUUGAAGAGAUGUUGAAAAGUGGGCUGAUGCCCAUGGCUUCUACUUUCCAUAUUUUAAUUGACAGUCUUUGUAGUUAUGGGAAAGUACAAGAUGCAAGUAGAAUUAUGAAAACAAUGCUAGAGAAGGAUGUUAGACAAAACGUUGAUAUUUCCACCAAGGUUUUAAGUAGACUCCUUUGCCAAGGCCUUGAUGAAGAAGGAUUUGAACUUCUAGAUUUAUUGUAUCAUAAAGGUUUUCUUCCCGAUAUGGAAAAGUUGAUGGAUGACCUUUGCCAAGAGAAAAAAAUUUUAGAGGCUCAGAGAUUGAAUUAUUUUGUUUUGGAAAAAGAUUGCUAUUUAGAUAUUGCAUAUUAUAAUACUGUCCUUAACGGCCUUUGCACCAGUGGUAAAGCCAUGGAUGCCUUUUCUUUUUUUCAAAGAAUGACAGAGAAGGGUAAGAACCCAGAUCUAACAUGCUGUCAAAUGUUGACUAACCUUCUUCAAAAAGAAGGAAAACUUGAACAGGCUGCUUAUGUAUCAAGCAGACUCAUGCGUAGCAGCCGUGAAGUAAGCAAGGCACAAAGGUGAUAUAGUAUGGUUAUUGGAGUUACUGGGUUGGUUCUUAUUUAUGUGAUAUGACAUUUCAAACGCACUGCGGGACCAUCAUAAUUAAGAUGGCAAGUGGAUGAUAACCAGUGAGGGAUAAAAGUAUGAUAAUGGAUGUCUUCUUCUCAUUAUCAAUGUGUUGCACAAUUAAAACAUAAAAUAACUUUGACGGUGUUGCACAGUGUUAGAUGAUCAUUUUUUUCAGCUUCCUAAAAGAAAUAUCAUCAUAAGGAAAUUCCAAUCAGUAAAGAUUGCUGUCAUUGUGGUUUCAUCCUGAAGUGAACCCUUGUAAAGUCAAUGUGAAUUGCAAUUAUGCGAAUCUCUCUUGUUUACUAUGUAUAUUGAGGGUUGGGUGCA